AUUUUUUUUACAACACUACAUCUCAACCCUUUAGCUGCGUACAUAUCUACACUGAACCUGUUCUUCUUGGAAUUAAAGAAAUUACUGAUGUGAUCAAUUAGCUCAAACUAAAAAUCAAAAACAGGAUCGUUAUGAAGAACAGAAAGUCGAUUUCGUACCAUAAUUUAAUAUCUGGCGAAUUUUCGGCGCCACCGUUUGACGAUUUCAAAACGCACAAGAAAAGUAAACCGCACUCGUUAGAAUUUUUAAAGAAAAGUUCAAAGCUACUACAGUCCUAUAAGGCGGUAUUUGUCAAACCGUCGAUCUACAAUUUUGGAGAUGCCGACAGGGUUUUUCGGGAGUCUUUGAGGAAUUACGACAGCUUUGAUCCAUCUAAUAUUUUUGGACAUCUAAAGACGUUAAGAGGGAGCAAUUCUGCAGCUCAUCUGAAAUCUCAGAGGAGGUACGCGGGUAGUAAUGUGAAUAAACAGAAACCACGGUUUAAACGAAAUAAGGUAAUUGAAAAAGCAGCCGAAGAAAAGCAGGAACCUUCAGAAGCUGAAAGUGUUUACCAUCAGUGUGAGAAACACGAAGAGGAAGACGAACUAGAAGUAUUUUACUCCCCAAACAGUGAAUUCGAGCUUUUCUUUAGUGAUGAUAAUAGCGCUGAAGGUCUUGAGCCAGCAAGUCAAGAUGCUGAUGGAAGUGAAAACGAAUAUACAGUAGCCGAUCACGAACUACAAGAAGUGGAGGAUUUGGUUCAACAAGCAGAAAGUGCUAUAAGUGACGUGGUAGCUGAAAAUGAAAUGCUACAGGAAACUACUUUUGGAUCAAACAUAGAAGAAUGUAAGAGUGAAGAAACGGUCCCUUUAGAUGACAGUGUGCAACAGCCAGCUUCUGUAACUGGAGAUUAUACCGAAUACAUAAGUAAUGACACUGAUGAAGAGACUAUUGUAGCCGAAGAUGCCAAGGGUGGUGAUCCUAGCGUAGAUGCCUUAGUAAUAAAAGAACUAGAAGAUGCAGAACAACAAGCAAUGGAUACCGUCAAAAUUAUUUACGACUUGAAACAUCGGGUUGCGCAACUUUUGAGCAAAGAAAAAAUGACCGAGGCGGAGGCAGGAGAAUUAGAAGAGAAGAACAAACAAUUGAGGGAACAGAUGACCUUAUUUGAAGCAAAAACCAAGAGGAUUCAGUUCCUUAUUGAUAAAGCCAGUGUGUUUGAGGAUAUGAUAUCAUCCACACCGCGAGUGACAGCGAAUCAAAAUGAACACGUAUUUCCUAAAACCAUUACGGAAAAUGAUAUCUCCAAAAUCAUUGUCUGCAACGAUAAAAAUAAACCUAGUUUUCCGGUACAAAUGAGUGUAUUACCUCAAUUUGCCAAGCAGCUCAGCGAAAGCUACUCCAUGCAAGAAAAGUUAGCUGCGGAGAACGCCGAUUUGGAGGAUAAGAGGUACAAAUUACAAGAAGACCUCCUCAACAAGGAUUGCGCAGUUGAUUGCCUUCAGAGAAAACUGCAAGCGCUGCAGACUGAGCUGCGUUUGGUUUGCAAAGAAAAUUGUUUACUGACAGAGAGGCUUAAUCGCAUUGAGUCGUCCCCCAACCCACCGACGCAGCAGCAUAGCCCCGAAAGAUCAGAGGAACCUUCCGAGAAGAUGCCUUGUGAGCCAAAUAGGGGUCCAUGCUCGAUUGAUAUUGAGGCGCGGUUGCAAGAUUAUUCCGAUACAACACAGCAACUUGAAAAGCAACUCUGCCAAAUGGAGCUUGAGGUUCGUGAUAUGAAGAGUGAGUUAGCCUUCGUACAGAAAGAAAGGCAAAACUGCAAAAUGUUAGCCGCCCCACCAUCGCCAUGUAUGCCUUCACCAUGCCACAUUGGCUUUGGUGGCCCAGACAGGGUUGCUGUGGAGCAGCAGUUGAGGGAAUUGCGGGAGCAAUACAACAGAUUGCAAGAUGACUAUAAGGGUAAGUUGACGGAAGUGGCCGGGCUUCGUGCCGACACAGAGAAAUUGAAACAAAACGCCAAGGAUGCCGAAGAGGCAAGAAAAAUGGCAGAAGAUAAGGUAAAGGAGUAUGAAAGAGAUGUCAAGAACUUUAGGUCAGAACAGACAAAGCUUAUUGGCUCAAAAGAGCAGCUAAUAGAGCAAGAACAACAACUCAACGUGGCCAAACAGCGGUUUCGUGACGCACAAGACGAACUAGAAGAAUUACGCGCAUUGAUCCAAGAUCAACAGGCGCAACUCGAUGAUUAUAGGAACAAGUAUCUGCAAGCUCAACAACAAGUUGAAGAACAGCGAAGACAAAUCGAUGUAAUGGAAAUGGAGAACAACAGAAUAAGCGAACAGGUUAACCUUGAAAUACAACGAGUGAAGAAUCAAUUCCAAGAGAAGAUCCAAGAGCUCACCCCACUUCCGGAUAUUUUAAUGGCGACACAGCUAAAACUGAAAGAAGCGCAGCAAAUGCAUUUACUUGCAGAGAGAAACAACGAUAAUUUAAUCCACGAGCUGCAAGCCUUAAAAGAUAAAGCAUCUGCAAUGGCGGAUCAGUUGGAGAAAGUACGAAGUGAUCAACAAUUAGGAGUCGAUGAAAAAAUUGGUCUGCAACAGAAACAGCAGCAAUUGGAGCUUAAGAUUUCGAAGACCGAAGAAGAAGUUGACAGAUUGCAGAAGGAACUUGUGCGCACCGAAGAAAUUGUCGACCAAAAGGAGAAACGAGUCCAAGAAAAGUUGCACGAGAUCGCCCAGCUGGUGGCGCAGCUCGAGACCGUUCGCGAAGAAUCGGCCAGGCAAGUUGCGAGGACGAAAGAUAGAUGCGAGACUGUUAGGAGAUCAAUGCAAAAUAAAAUUGCCGAUUUGGAAAGGGAGCUUGCACAAAGCAGGGCGCAGGCGAGAAGCGCGCAGAAAGAUCGCGAUGAUAUUCGGCAGAAAAUGCAAGCUCAAAUAAACACACUCAAUGAAAACUUUCAGGAUGCGCAGAUGCGUAUAAGAAAUCUUCAAGGGCACGUUAAUUUCCUGAAGAAUUCCUAUACGGCCGUAUUUCCGAAUAAAAUUGGCGACGGAAUGGAUUCCUGUGACUGCGGAAACGCCUUUUAACAUUAAUAUCUUGCUCGAUUUUAGCUAUAAAGAUUUCUUUCCUCAACGCAUGUAAAUAAUUUAAAAAUACAAUUGUCUACUCCA